ACACUUGGAUCAACUGCCCUACGGUAUCGGUAUUGGAUAGGAAACGAGAGAUAGUGGAGUGGUUAUCUUCGCUAGAGUCAUACGGAAACCAACAGGACAAAAGACACCAAGACGUCCGGCACAGAAGGGUCGAUGGGAUUGGAGAAUGGCUUUUACAAACCGACCAAUUUUUGAAGUGGCGAGAUUGCGAGGAUGGGUCGGUCGAUGCGACUCUGUUGUGUAGUGGGGGACCGGGGGUAGGAAAGACCUAUCUCAGGUAAGCUUUUGCGAAUUCAUGGAAGACGCAUCACUAACAAUAUCAGCUCCGUGGUGAUUGAUAGGUUGUGCGAUAGGAGCGAGGGAAGCAGUGUCUCUGUCGCCUAUAUUUAUUGCAAUUUCCAGACCCAAAAAUCGCAAGCCACAGCACAUAUGCUGGGUAGUCUUCUCAAGCAGGUAGUUUGUGGGUUAGAAGUUAUUCCUGAAGAGAUUGGUUGUGCGUUUCAGAAGGCGAAGCAAGGUCAAGACGGUCGAGGUCUUACGGUUUCCGAAUUUCUUAAGCUACUACGGGCUACCCUCAAGUCACGGAAACGGACUUUUGUAUGCAUUGAUGCGCUAGACGAAUGCGCGACGGAGUAUCGGCCCGAAUUGUUUCGCUCGCUACACUCCCUAGUUAGGAAUUCUCCAAAUAUUCGACUAUUUG